GGCUUCCGCCCUUCUCCCCCGGUCCCUGAACUCCGCCGGAGUUGGGUGGGUCUCGGCGGCUGCGGAGACCGUGACAGUGACAGGGGGAAGUGAUGGCCAUGGCGAUGUCGGACAGUGGGGCGAGUCGCCUGCGGCGACAGCUGGAAUCGAGCGGUUUCGAAGCGCGGCUGUACGUGAAACAGCUGUCGCAGCAGUCGGACGGAGACCGGGACCUGCAGGAGCACCGGCAGCGGAUCCAGGCGCUGGCCGAGGAAACGGCUCAGAACCUGAAGCGCAAUGUGUACCAGAACUACCGACAGUUUAUCGAGACGGCGCGCGAGAUCUCCUACCUGGAGAGCGAGAUGUACCAGCUCAGUCACCUGCUCACCGAGCAGAAGAGCAGCCUCGAGAGCAUCCCGCUCACCCUGCUCCCAGCCGCCGCUGCCGCGGGAGCGGCCGCCGCCGCCGGGCCCGAAGAGGGCGGCGGCGGCCCCGGAGGCCGAGACCACUUUCGAGGCUCGGCCGGCUUCUUCCCGGGCCACGGAGGCGCCUCCCGGGACAGCCAGAGUGCCGGGGAGGAGGGCAAGCAGCGGACGCUGACCACCUUGCUGGAGAAAGUGGAGGGCUGCAGGCACCUGCUGGAGACCCCCGGGCAGUACCUAGUGUACAACGGAGAUUUGGUGGAGUACGAGGCGGACCACAUGGCUCAGCUGCAGCGGGUACACGGCUUUCUCAUGAACGACUGUCUGCUGGUGGCCACCUGGCUGCCCCAGCGCAGGGGCAUGUACCGAUACAAUGCCCUCUAUCCUCUGGACAGACUGGCCGUGGUCAAUGUCAAGGAUAACCCGCCCAUGAAAGACAUGUUCAAGUUGCUGAUGUUCCCCGAGAGCCGAAUCUUUCAGGCAGAGAAUGCUAAGAUCAAAAGGGAGUGGCUGGAAGUGCUGGAGGAAACCAAAAGGGCCCUCAGUGAAAAAAGGCGAAGGGAGCAGGAGGAGGCGGCCGCCCCCCGGGGCCCACCCCAUGUUUCUUCCCAGGCCACAAACCCUUUUGAGGAGGAGGAUGAGGAGGAGGAACCUACAUCCCCGGAAGUUGAGGAGAAAGUGGACUUGUCCAUGGAGUGGAUCCAGGAGUUGCCGGAGGACCUGGAUGUCUGUAUUGCCCAGAGGGACUUUGAAGGGGCAGUAGACUUGUUGGAUAAAUUAAACCACUAUCUGGAGGGCAAGCCAUGCCCACCUCCUGUUAAGGAGUUGAGGGCCAAAGUGGAUGAGCGAGUCAGGCAACUCACUGAAGUGCUAGUCUUUGAGCUUUCCCCGGAUCGUUCUCUACGAGGGGGUCCUAAGGCCACUCGAAGGGCAGUUUCUCAGUUAAUACGACUUGGCCAAUGUACCAAGGCUUGUGAGCUGUUUUUGAGAAACAGGGCAGCAGCUGUGCACACAGCCAUUCGGCAGCUUCGAAUUGAAGGUGCCACUUUACUUUAUAUUCAUAAGUUAUGUCACGUCUUCUUCACCAGCCUCCUUGAGACUGCCAGGGAGUUUGAAACUGAUUUUGCAGGUACCAACAGUGGUUGCUACUCUGCCUUUGUGGUUUGGGCCCGUUCAGCUAUGGGCAUGUUUGUGGAUGCUUUUAGCAAGCAGGUGUUUGAUAGCAAAGAGAGCUUGUCUACAGCAGCUGAGUGUGUGAAGGUGGCUAAGGAACAUUGCCAGCAGUUGGGUGACAUUGGGUUAGACCUUACAUUCAUCAUCCAUGCUCUCUUGGUGAAGGACAUCCAAGGGGCUUUGCACAGUUAUAAAGAAAUCAUAAUUGAGGCCACCAAGCACAGAAAUUCUGAGGAAAUGUGGAGAAGGAUGAACCUAAUGACUCCAGAAGCAUUGGGGAAACUCAAAGAAGAAAUGAAAAGCUGUGGGGUGAGCAAUUUUGAACAGUACACAGGGGAUGACUGCUGGGUGAAUCUAAGCUACACAGUUGUGGCCUUCACUAAACAAACUAUGGGCUUUUUAGAAGAAGCUCUGAAGUUGUAUUUUCCAGAGCUACAUAUGGUGCUUCUAGAGAGUCUGGUGGAAAUAAUUUUGGUUGCAGUUCAGCAUGUGGAUUACAGUCUCCGAUGUGAACAGGACCCAGAAAAGAAAGCCUUUAUCAGACAGAAUGCAUCCUUUCUAUAUGAAACAGUCCUCCCUGUGGUGGAGAAAAGGUUUGAACAAGGUGUAGGGAAACCUGCCAAGCAACUCCAGGACUUGAGGAAUGCAUCUAGACUUAUUCGAGUAAAUCCUGAAAGUACAACUUCAGUAGUCUAAUACACAGUAUUUGUAUUUUUCCCCCCAGUGAGGUCUGUUUGUCUAUACAGCAUUACUAGUAUAUUAUUUAUAUAACACAUUAAAAUCAUCUUUAUAUCCAGAACAUAGUUUAAAAAAUAAAAGUGAAAAAAGGUCAUCUCUUUUGUAAGAGUUCAAGAUGAGAAUGUGAAGAGUGGGGAAAAAAAGGAUAAAUUUUAUCAAAGGAGUAAAAUCAUUAAGAUAAUUUGAACUCAUUUAAUAUAUUCUUUAAUUAUCUUGAAUCCUUAUAGAUUGUUGGUCAUACCACAGUACUUUACUUCAUGAUCUUAGGGGCCAAAUCACAUUGUAUUAUUAGUAAUGUGUAUUUAUGCAGCACACAGAAAUACCACAUCUAUAAUUACAUGCAAAUCAAACAUAUCAAAACUUUAUUUCCACGUUUUAUAAGUCACUGGAUUACCAGAAGAAUUUUCUGUGUAUCUUCAAAGGUAUAGUGCCAUAUAAAACACUCUUAACCUAAGAUACUUUUUUAAAAAAGAGUGAUUAAGCUAUUCAUAGACUCAAAAAAAUUGGUAGCUUUAACCUUAAGGUAAAUUUCAGGCUAAAAUGUUCAGGAAGACAGUUUAAUUUAUUGAAACUAUGAGAACAUGCCAGUCCUUUUAGUAUAUUAGAAGGAAAAGCAUUAAUAAAAAAUAGUGCAGUUAAUUUUGUUAGCACAAUUUGAAUAAACUUAAUUACAUUUAGUUGGUUACUAUCUUUUAAAAAUCUGCUUUGGAAACAAAAUGCUUGAAAAAUCAGCGUUAUGACUCAUUUGUUUCUUGUUAUUAUUGAACUUUAUCAAUUUUUAUUUCUUUUUCUUUGUGACAUGUAACAGUGUGAGGAAUAUUUCACACUAUUAGCUGCUUGAGAGUUCUACUUUCGGAUUUUACACUGUCAGUCUGCAGGUGGGGGGAAAAGUCUUCAUUAAAAAAAUAUCUUUUAGAUUCUAACCUCUUAUUGAGGAAUCAAAAGAAUGAUUAGAAUGUUAUUUCUCAAACAAAUACUUUUUUGGCCACAUUUACUGAUAUUGAAGAAAGUUGCAUUUGAGUGUUGUAGAAACCACUAGUAAGACUUAUUCUUGGUUCAUCAUUAAAAUGAAUGUAAUGUUUUAUCUUAAUUAAAUAACCAAGUGCUUUUAAAGGGUUUUGGGCUUUACAAGACUAGUUUGACUCACUAUUUCAACUGUCUAAUGGAUAGACUAUAUUCCUUAUGCUCUGACUCCUUUUGUGCCACUCCACUAUAAUUGCAUAGGCUACAGAAAGGGUCAGCACAGGACCAAGGACCACUUAAAAUUUUUUCUUUGAUUAAUGAGUUUCUAUGGCCAAAUGAUUUACCACCUUGUAACCAGCAUUCUUUCUUUACACAACACACUGUCUAUUUUAGGGACUUAAUUUGGUAGAAUCUUCCAAAGUUUAUGCUUUGUUGGCUUAGCCUUUGAGAACCCAAGAUGUUUCAUACUAUAGUGAGGGCAUAUUGAAAUACUGCAGCUUAUUCUUUCCUUGGCUCUUAAUUGUAACUUCGGCCACAGGUACCAUUUUUAAUGGUGUCUUUUCUGUCAUUUAAAAAUUGGUAUCAAAAAUUAUAUAUAAUUUUAGAUGGAUUCCAAAUAGCCAAGGCUUCAUGACUGAAUUAAUUACCAAUACACUUUUUUACCAAAAUUCCAGGUUUAAUGAAUUGGUUUCUCAUAAAACCUCAGGGUUAUUUUGAUAUGUCAAAUGGGUAGAGACAAUUAAAAUGUACCUUAGUUAAUGCUAUUGAAAGAUUCAAUUUCAAAAAGGGUUUUGUUUUGUUUUGUUUUUUGGUGAGGUGGGCAGUAUUAAAAUUUUUAUUUUUAUGUGCCAUUUAAUGUCUUUAAAAUCUUUUGGAAUCAGAAAGUCUGUAAAUGAUGUAGGAUAUUUGAAAUGAUGUUGGCAAAAAAUUUUUUUAAUUCAAAAAUAAGGCAUUAAGUAAUGAAAAAUUUAAAAAUGUACUCACAUUAAUUAUUCCUUUGAAUAGGCUGCUUUAAAAAAAAAGUCAUUGGAAAUUUUUUGUGCUGCUUUACCAUGGUUAUAAUGAUAGAAAUAGAGUUUGGGUGGGUCGACUAGAGUAGGGAGAUGAGUAAAGUUCACCAAAGUCAGGGUGGCCUUUGUGUCAAAUUGCAACAAUUUGUGUAGGAUCAUUAGAAGUGGAUUACUAUUAGGUUUCAGAGUGAUGCACUCUGAUUUUUUUUUCUCCUGUUAAGUUCCAAAGUAGGUUAUAAAAACUGAAUGUAGUUAGGAAUUACCUUGAAAUGGAAUGUAGAUUGUAAUAUUCAGCUUGAGUUGAUUGCCUUUCCUAUUUCUAUUCAAGAGUGGAGAACACAGAUGAUUUAAAUAAUUGCUCUUCUAAAAAGCUCUGUGCAACUCAGGCUUGUUACUUGUUGAAAGCCCCAUUUUACAUAAUUCCUGCCAACUCAAACCCAUUUUUGUUUAAACUACUAUCAGUCAUAAUUCAUUUAGGCAGUAUUGGCAUUUUAUAAUUGAAAAUUUGGGGCAUAGGAAGUGUUGUAUAAAGUAAAUACACAUUUUGCUAUUGGCAUUGCUGUGGUGUGAAUGGACAUUUGAAAUGAAAAAAAAAAUAAUAAAACCUCAAAGUUUCUUACACUGGACACAA